UUUUUACAUGUGUCCCCAAAGUUUGCCUAAGUGUGUGUGUGUGUGUGUGUGUGUGUGUGUGUGUUGAGCUCUGUACUGCUGUUUGGAUAUCAUUGCUAGCUCAGGGAUUCCUGUGCACAUUAGUGGCUGCAUGAGUUGCGGUCAGGUUGUUUUGUGUGUGUGUGCGUGUAUGAAUAUGUGCUGCUCGCCCUCCCCCUAUCUCCAUAACCCCUGGCCUAUUCUCUCCCUGUCUCUCUCUCCUGUUGUCCCAGCAUGGCUGCAGAAUGGCUGCUCGGUGGACUCUCUCUCUGCUGCUCUCUGCCUGCCUGUUCUGGCCUGCAUGUUUGGCUCUGACCCCCACUGCUGAGCUCCCUCAGCCCCACAACCUGCCCCCCUUGCUAGGCUUCAACAGCAGCGAUGGCAGCCUGUCUGUGGAUCUGCCCAUGGCUCUGAGGGUUUUCAGUGUGGACUAUAACCAUGUGCAGGCUCCCUUUGAGAUUGUGCUGUGGAUCAUGCUGGCCUCACUAGCCAAGCUGGGUUUCCACUGGUCAGGUCGAGUCCCAGCAGUUGUCCCAGAGAGCUGUCUCCUCAUCAUGGUGGGCCUCCUGGUUGGAGGGGUUAUCUAUGGUGUUCGCCACUCCGCUCCCCCGACUCUCAGCGCUGAUGCUUUCUUCCUCUUUCUGCUCCCGCCCAUCGUCUUGGACGCAGGAUACUUCCUGCCAGGGAGACUGUUCUUUGAAAACCUUGGCACCAUCCUCUGGUAUGCGGUGCUGGGAACCUUAUGGAAUGUGCUGGGCAUCGGGCUGUCUCUGUACGGUGUGUGUCUGCUGGCCCAGAGCUCUCUGGGAGAUGUCUCUCUGCUCCACUGCCUGCUGUUUGGCUCUCUGAUCGCUGCUGUCGACCCCGUGGCCGUGCUCUCUGUCUUCCAGGAGAUGCAUGUUAACGAACAGCUGCAUAUCUUGGUGUUUGGAGAGUCACUGCUCAAUGACGCGGUUACUGUGGUGCUCUACAAGCUGUUCGAGUCCUUCCUCCGUCUGCCGUCAGUGUCGGGGCUGGAUGUGUUGCUUGGGGGGUGCAGGGUGGUGGUAGUGGGCCUCGGCGGCCUGUGUGUGGGCCUCUUCUUUGGCCUGGUGGCGGCCCUCACUUCACGGUUCACCUCCAGAGCCCAGGUCAUUGCCCCACUCUUUGUCUUCCUCUACUCCUACUUGUCCUACCUGACCUCAGAGAUGCUUCACCUCUCUGGUAUCAUGGCCAUUGUGACCUGUGCUGUGACCAUGAAGCAGUAUGUGGAGGCUAAUGUGUCUGAGCGCAGCAAAACCAGCAUCCAGUACUUCCUGAAGAUGUGGAGCAGCGUGAGUGAAACCUUAAUCUUCAUCUUCCUGGGCGUGUCCACAAUACAGGAUGUCCACAUGUGGAGCUGGCCCUUUGUCUGCUCCACACUGCUGCUCUGCCUCGUCUGGAGGGCCACAGGUGUUCUCCUGUUGACUGCUGUGGUAAACAAGCUCCGGAGGAACACCGUGACCUUUCGAGAUCAGUUCAUCAUUGUCUACGGAGGCCUGAGAGGGGCAAUCUGUUUCUCCCUCGUCUUCCUGAUUGAUGACUUCCCAAAGAAAAGACUCUUUAUCACAACAACCAUUGUGGUCAUCCUCUUCACUGUCUUUGUACAGGGGAUGACCAUUAAGCCUCUAGUAGAGCUGCUGGAUGUGAAGAGGAAGAAGAGAGCGCUGCCUACUGUCAGUGAGGAAAUCCACAGCAGGCUCAUUGAUCACCUGCUAGCAGGAAUAGAGGACGUGGUUGGCUACUGGGGGCAGCACUACUGGAAAGACAAGUUUGAGCAGUUCAACAAGAAGUACCUUCGUCGUUUCCUGAUCCGUGAGGAUCACCAGGCUCGCUCCAGCAUCCUCAGAGUUUACCAGGAGCUGGAGAGAAGGGAGCAGAGGAGAGACGAGGAGGCGCCACCACUAGUGGACCCUCGCUCCCACAGCCGUCCCCUCUUACCAGAGGAGAUGGACAGCAUCAGGCGUAUUCUCUCCAGAAACCUUCAAAACUUCAACAACAAGCAGACACCAGCCUACAGCAGACACACUUUGCACCAGGACGCCACCAUGGACAGAACAAGGAAGCCGCUUCACAGACACCAGAGUCUCGGAGAGAGAUACACAUAUAAUACAAUCACACACUGGCCACAGGGGGAGGAUGAAGAGUUCAAUGGCUCACGGAGAGUGAGAGCAGGACUCAGCAGGUCUCACACAGAUACCACUAUGGAAAAGGACAAUCACUGGUAAAUGGAUGACAGGAAGUUCACCAGAAAGACUGUUUUUACUAAAAUUAUGUUUCAGGAAGUAACCGUUUUUAUCUAUACACAUUUCUAGUUUUGUCUCUCCACUCCUCUGCUUUCUCUCAAGCUUUCAGAAUUCACUAAAAUCCACUGGCUGAGAAUAUAGAGAUGUAUCAUCAGAUUGUCCCUCGUCUCUCUCCACCUCCUGACCUUUGACCCUGACAACUGUGGUGUGACAAUUCUGACUUUGUGGGUCUUGAACUCACUGUAGCCUCUCUUGGCAGUGUGCUCCAUAAGCCCGAGGCCCGUCCUCCAGGACUCAUCAGUCCCAGCAGCCUCAGCUCAGACAGGGCCAGUGGAUCCAAACUCUUCAGCUGCCAGAAAGGACCAGAUCUCUCCACAACACCAAGCACCUGCGGGAA